GUGAUGAGAUUGAGAAUUGAAGAGUAAUUAAUAUUAAAGUUAUUUAGAUAUUUUAAUUGCUGAAUGUUUUGGUAAAAGUUAAUAAAAUUUGCUCUGACUAAUAACGCCUACACACGUAUCAAAACAUUCAAAAUCUGAAGCCCGUGGACUCAUUACAUCUUCACUUCAUUUAUCGUAAUUGCUGAGUUUUAUAUGAUAAGCAGUCAAACAAGUUUUGUGGAGUUUCAAGUAGUUUAACGUGCAUUCGCGCUAAGCAAGCGUUGAGUCGUUACACGUAUGUGAUUUACGUCUUGUGAAGUUGUGGUGACUUCGUUAACUUUCACUUAUUCGGUGGUGUUAAUUGCCGAUAAAAAUGUCGGUCACUAAAAUAAAUCCCGAUUUACAAAGAGAACGGGAUAAUUGCACUUUCAACGUUACGGAGUUGACAAAUUUAUUAGAUGGUGGUCCUCAAAAAACCGAAGAAAGAAAACAGCGAGAGGAUGUGGUACUCAAAGAGGGUAUCCAUAAGGAACCAGUGCCAGCUAUAUAUCUCAGCCAUAAGGAUAAAUAUGAGCUGGCUGUUAAGAAAUCAUGUGCAUUAUUCCAAAUGAUCAGGAGACUGCAGGAGGAAGAAAAUGCUGGCAUGGAAAAUUACCAAGCUCUCCUGGGCGGUACCUUAGGAACUGCUAUUUUUGGUGACGGCAACCCGCUGGCCUUGCACUAUGUGAUGUUCAUACCCACUGUGAUGGGCCAAGGGACGGUGGAACAGCAGGCCUACUGGAUCGGCAGGGCUUUUAAUUUGAGCAUCAUCGGUACUUAUGCACAGACGGAGUUGGGUCACGGUACAUUCAUCCGCGGCCUGGAGACGACAGCGACGUACGACCCGCGCACCAAAGAGUUCGUGCUCAACACGCCCACGCUCACCGCAUACAAGUGGUGGCCGGGGGGAUUGGCUCAUACAGCGAACUACUGCGUUGUAAUGGCCCAGCUGUACACCCAGGGCAAAUGUCACGGCAUUCACCCGUUCAUAGUGCAAUUGCGUGACGAAGAGACACACAUGCCAAUGCCUGGCAUUAAAGUGGGAGAAAUCGGUGCCAAACUUGGCAUGAACGGCACUAAUAAUGGCUUCCUAGGAUUGGAAAAUGUCAGGAUACCUAGGGAUCACAUGCUGAUGAAGAACUCUCAAGUUCUAGAGGAUGGUACAUACGUAAAGGCGCCAAGCUCAAAGCUCGCGUACGGAACGAUGAUGUUCGUUCGCGUGAUGCUCGUCAACGACAUGUGCAACUAUAUGGCGAAAGCCGUUACCAUAGCAACCAGGUACUCCGCUAUAAGGAGACAGUCGCAGCCGAAACCGGACGAACCAGAGCCCCAAAUCCUGGACUACGUGACGCAACAGCACAAGCUAUUGGUGGGGAUAGCGUCUGUGCACGCGUUCAAACUGAACGCUGAUUGGAUAUGGAACAUGUAUAAUAAUGUUACUGCGGAAUUAGAGUCUGGGGAUAUGGAGAGAUUGCCUGAGCUACACGCUCUCUCGUGCUGCCUCAAAGCCGUAGUAACAGCAGAUGCAGCAGAAUGCGUUGAACGGUGUAGACUUGCGUGUGGCGGCCACGGGUACAUGCUGUCCUCCAACUUGCCGCUUACGUACGGGCUAGUGACCGCAGCGUGUACGUACGAGGGAGAGAAUACGGUGUUGCUGUUGCAGACUGCUAGGUACCUAGUAAAAGCGUGGCACCAAGCGGCCGCGGGUGGUACACUCCCACCCACUGUGGGGUACAUCGCCCGAACUGGGGCUAGGAGAUCACCACCGUGGGACAACUCCAUACAGGGCAUCGUGGACGGGUUCCAUACUGUUGCUGCUGGAAAAAUCGGUCUGUGCGUCGCUCAAAUAGAAAAGCGCCAGAAGACGGGAAUGUCGUACGAAGACGCGUGGAACAUGACAUCAAUUCAGCUAGCUUCAGCGUCUGAGGCCCACUGCCGAGCAAUCAUCCUGGCGACAUACCACAAGGAAACGGAGCAAUUGGCCAAGAGCGUGUCGGCGGAGCUGCGGCUGGUGUUGCUGCAGCUCGUGGACCUGUACGUGCUGUACUGGGCGCUGCAGCGGAUUGGUGACUUGUUGAGGUUCACAUCGAUAUCGGAGCGCGACAUCGAGCAGCUGCAGGGCUGGUACGAGCUCACGCUCAGCAAGCUGCGCCGUAACGCUGUCGGACUUGUGGACGCGUUCGAUAUUAGGGAUGAGAUUUUAAAUUCAACACUAGGUGCGUACGACGGCAACGCAUACGAACGACUUAUGGCCGAAGCAAUGAAGAGCCCUCUCAACGCAACUCCGGUUAAUGAUAGUUUCCAUAAGUAUCUUAAACCUUUUAUGCAAGGAAAACUGUGAUUUAAUAUUAUAAGGGAAAAAACUUGAAAAAAAAUUGAAAAAAAUUCUGUGAAAAAAUUUUUUUUUUGCGAAAAAUUUAAUUUGAUGUUUGAAAAUGUAACUAUUGUGAUUGGUUUUUACUUAUGUGAUUUAAUUUUGUAAUAGUUUUAAAAAAUAAAAAACUGAAUUAAGUAUACCAAAAAUCCAAGAAAAAAUCUUCUUAUGACUGAUUUUAAUCCCUAAAAUAUUAAAACAAGACUUAUAUAUCUUAAAAGGUAGUAAAACCGGGUUUGUGCAAAUUAAUAAAGUUUACUUUUAUCAUAUUUUAUGAACAAGAUGAACAAUAUUUUCUAUAUUAAAAAAAAACGUGCUCAAAAUAUAUCUAUAUACAAGUUUGAUGAUAUGACAUUAAAAUUUUACCUUCUAUUUAUAUUUACAAGUAGUUAUUGUUAUCAAUAUUUUAAAAGUAUUGAUUUGGUGUGGAUUAGCCUGUACUUGCAGGAAAUUAUAAUUUUAUACUAUUAAAAUUAUUUUAAGAUGUCAUAGUGUAAGGUGGCGGUCAUACAUUCCAUGAAGUGGUGUCGUAUAGUAUUACAAAUAUGGAAAUUGUGAAAAUGUAGAGAUUAAAUUAAAUUUUAUAUGUAUAAUAAAUUUUAUAUUUUGUUA